AUGAGUACACAGUACAGACAACGAUAUUUUUGCCGUCGCUGGUUUUUAAGGGCGAGCGCAAACACAGAGGGCAAGGCAGAAUUUCAAGAGAGUUCGAAGUCGGCGUACCGGGUUACGCACUUCCGGGUGGCGUACAGCAUCGACUGCAUCACCUUCGCCAAUGUCACUGACAGGCACGGCGUUGAAAAGGAAUAUUACGGAAAUAAGGACUCUAAUAAGACGACGACGGUGAUGUUCGAUCCCGUGUUCAACGCUAGAUGCGUACGCAUCGUGCCAACAAAUCGUAUCGGAGAGAACAUUGCCAUGAGGUUUGAACUGCUCGGCUGCAAUCCCGACCAUUGCUCGGGCUCCAUCACACCAAGCUCCACAGAGUGCCCCGAUCACAAUCUCCGGAAGUUCGUUUUUGACAAGGAGAAGAUCAUCACGUCGAUGCGGAUCACCCUGUCAGGUCCGGCUACCGAGCAGACGCCCACGUUUAACGUCGCCUUUGCCAGGGCAUGCAACUUCGAAAUGGCUCAGUUCUUGAAGGAGAACAACGAGCUGAAGAUCCCGAACGGUGAAAGCUCGCUAGUGUUAGAGGGACCGGGGUUCCCUAUCCGCUCCCAGUGUAUUGCCGUGUUCACCCGCUUUGAGACCGGAAACGCCCACGCGGAUGGCCUGCCGAGGGCGAGGAAUCACUUGGUAGUCAUGGAAACAGACGGGUAUCAAGUGACAUUCGAAGGCUGCAAACAUAUCGACUCGUGUGGCAAAACCUACAUUGUGAAAAACGACGCAAGGAAGCGAAUUGUAGGCGGCUCGUCGUUACUUCAAGGAGAGUGGCCAUGGCUGGUGUCACUUCAACAAUUAUCGGCUGAUAUGGAGGCUAUGGGGCAUGGGUGUGGAGCGACACUUAUCUCCCCGCAGUGGCUACUGACCGCUGCGCACUGUUUCGAGGCGUUUGAGUGUUCGGACGAUAAAUGGCUCUAUGAUAUCGCCCUACUAAAGUUGAGCAGGCCUGCUCACCUGUCCGAGUACGUGAACACCAUUUGUAUGGACACCAAUUACACUGCGCCCGAUCACAGCCACUGCGUCACUGCGGGAUGGGGAGACUUAGUGCAAGGUUCGAAUGAAAGCGUGGAAAUACCGCACCAUGCGAGUGUUCAGAUCGUGCCCAGUUCCGUCUGCGCCGAUCUCCACCAUGAACCGGAAGACACACCCCUCACCGUCUCUAAUAUUUGCGCCGCUGGUGAAGGCAGGGAUUCUUGUCAGGGCGACUCGGGCGGUCCGCUAGCGUGCUUCCAUGACGGCCACUGGGUCCAGGUGGGCGUGGUCAGUUCAGGCGAAGGUUGCGCCAACCCACUGUACCCCGGGUUCUACACGCGUGUUAAUCACUUCUACGACUGGAUCGAGGAUGUCAUUGAGUCCAACUGA